CUGGAGUGGGAGGAGAAAAGGUGCUGCCUCACGGACAAAAAACAAAACAAAGCAAACAAACAAAAAAAACCAAACUGGACCCAGAAUGAAUAUAAAGACAGAGGAUCUGGGGAGUGGAGGCACCAUCAGGGAAAGACUCACUCCAAGUGCCUGUAGCUGAGUCAGAAUUGUCCCUCCCAAGAUGAAGCUGCUGCUGCUGUGUCUGGGGCUGACGCUGGUCUGUGCCCAUCAUGAAGGAAACCAUGAUGUUGUGACAAGCAACUUCGAUAUAUCAAAGAUUUCAGGGGAGUGGCAUACCGUUUUCUUGGCCUCAGAUGUCAAAGAAAUGAUAGAAAAAGAUAGUGUCAUGAGGGGUUUUAUGGAAUCUAUCCACGCCUGGGACAACUCUUCUCUGACAUUGAAAUUUCAUAUAAAGGUCAAUGGAGAGUGUACUGAAAUGUUUUUGCUUUGUCAUCAAGCAAAUGAGAAUGGUGUAUAUAAUGUUAUCUAUGCUGGAUUCAAUACAUUUCGCAUAAUUGAAGUGGUCUAUAGUGACUAUAUUAUUUUUCAUCUCAUUAAUGUCAACAAUAAGCAAACGUUUGAGAUGCUGAUACUCUUAGCCCGAAAACCAGAUGUGAGCCCAAAACUCAAGGAAAGGUUUGAGGAACUUUGUCAAGAAUAUGGAAUUCCUGAGGAAAACAUUCUAGAUGCGACCGAAGUCGAUCGCUGUCUCCAGGCCCGAGGGAGCGAUGACGCCCAAGCCUCCAGGUUGGUGAUGUCUGAUGGAGAGGGGGUGGCCCAGGGACCACUGCCUUCCAACACCAUUAGGGGUUUGUGUCCAAAGAUUACAAUAAAGCCCUAG